AUGACGGGUAUCCUGUUAUCGGUCUUUGCACCAGAAUUACCGACAUUACCCCUCUCAAACCCGAGUCGUAUACAAAGUUCUCCAUUUGCAGGGAUUGCACUGAACCUUCCGACCCCAUCAGGAGGGGACAGCUAUUCCAGUGGUCGCAAUAACUCAACAACAUCAACGGGUAACAGAAACAGGGGACGUAUUGAUCGUGAACGCGCCGAGCGAAUGAGUGCAAGUUCUCGACCAUUUGUCAUUACAAAACAGUCACACGAGGGUCGCAAAAGUGACCUAGGAAAGGCCUUGGAGCCAAUGCUCGGAGAUGGCAUAAGUGCUUCAGCCCUUCUCUGCUGGGGAGAAAAGCACCGUUGUCACAUUACCCCAGUGAAUAUUGCCAAUUCAAUGGAUGAGGUGGCCGUCUGGCGGGAAAUCCAGCGGGCAUGGUAUACUUACAGAGGGCAUUGGAGAAGAUAUUUGCCUUUCUUUGGCGUUAGCCAGGUGGAUAUUGUGAAGCUGAAUUCCAAGGUGUCAAUCGCUGGGCUGAGGUCAGAAGGCAACAUGCAACCAGUCUUUGUGGGCAUGUAUACAGAGGAGGAUUUGGGUGCCGAAAGAAGACAACUGGAAGAGGUCAUUACGAAUUACCAACCACAGGACUACCCUUGCAAAUACAAUCUAUCGACAGACGACGCAGAAUGCCCUGAGGAGAAGUAUCAUGAAGCGCAACGGCGACUCUCACUUCUCGAUACGCGGUCCUUAUUGACGCUGUUCUUUUCGGACGCUCGUCUUGCUGCUUUAAACGGUCUCCUUAACAGAGAAGGGCUAGUGUAUAGCCACCUAAGCCUAAUUAAGAGAACGCAGUGA